GCCCCCAGAGACCAGCCCGGCCCCGCCGCCCCGGCUGCAGUGCAGGAAAGCCGCCGCGCAGUCACAGUGCAGCGCUCGGUCCCGGCCGCCCCCCAGUAGCGAUGAGGCCUCGGGCCAGGCGAUGUCUGCCGCUGCUGGCGGGCCUGGCGGUGGCCAUCGCCCUCGCAGAGGCCGCAACCUUUCUAUCCCAGCAGUAUGCCUCUCAGUUCCUGGUGAGGAAACGUCGAGCAAAUUCUUUUAUGGAAGAAAGUAAGAAGGGAAAUCUAGAAAGAGAAUGUGUUGAAGAAUUAUGCAAUAAGGAAGAAGCCAGGGAAAUCUUUGAGAAUAAUCCUGAAACUGAGUAUUUUUAUCCCAAAUAUUUAAGCUGCCUUGCCUCCUAUCGAGCAGGGAUUUUCAGGGUUACUGCAGCGACUCCAGAUUCUCCAGCUAACCUGAGGGCUUGUGUCAGUGAAAUUUCAAAUCAGUGUAGCCCUCUGCCAUGCUAUAAAGAUGGAUAUAAGGAAUGCAUAGAUGGACAAGCCAAAUAUACUUGUAUCUGUAAACCAGGAUGGCAAGGAGAGAAAUGUGAAGAAGAUAUAAACGAAUGUGAAGACUUAAAUGGAGGUUGUAGCCAAGGCUGUUCCAAUUUACCUGGAAGCUACCGUUGCUUGUGUAAAGAUGGCUACUUCAUGCAUUCAAACAAACGGGAUUGUGGAGAUAUAAAUGAAUGUGUGUUACAUCCAAACAUCUGUGGGACAGCAAUCUGUAAAAACACUCUGGGAAAAUAUGAAUGUGAAUGCGCACAAGGCUACACAUAUAAUUCAACUUCCAAGAACUGUGAAGAUAUCGAUGAAUGUGCUGAAAAUGUUUGUGCUCAGCUCUGUGUAAACUCUCCAGGAAGUUAUAAUUGCUACUGUGAUGGCAAGAAAGGGUUCAAGCUCUCUAAGGACAUGAAGAAUUGUGAGCCUGUUACUGCAUGUAUCCCACUGAAUCUUGAAAAGAAUUAUGAACUGCUUUACCUGGCAGAGCAAUUUACAGGAAUUCCUGUUCUGCACUUAAAGUUUAAAUUGCCAAAUGUCACAAGAUUCACAGCAGAAUUUGAUUUCCGAACAUAUGAUGCAGAAGGAGUUAUACUAUAUGCAGAAUCCUUUGACAGUACAUCAUGGAUCUUGCUUGCUCUUCGUGAUGGGAAGAUUGAAAUUCAGUUCAAGAAUGAAUUUGUAACAAAAGUCACCAGUGGAGGCAAAGCUAUUAAUGAUGGACUGUGGCACAUAAUAUCAGUUGAAGAACUGGAACACAGCAUCAGUGUAAAAAUAGCUAAAGAAGCCGUGAUGAGUAUUAACAGCCCAGGAACUCUUUUUAAACAAUCACAAGGUUUCUUGGAGACUAAAGUAUACAUUGCAGGAUUACCUCUCAAAGUGGGCAAUGCUCUUGUUAAGCAGAUUAACCCUCGGCUAGACGGAUGUAUUCGUGCCUGGAACCUGAUGAAUCAAGGACAUUCAGGUGUAAAAGAAGUUAUUCAAGAAAAACAAAGCAAACACUGUUUAGUAUCAGUGGGGAGGGGAUCCUUUUACCCUGGCACUGGAAUGGCAAAAUUUCAGAUAAACUAUAAAAAUCUUGACAGUGCUGAUGACUGGCUAAUAAAUGUCACUAUGACUAUUCGCCCAUCCACGGACACUGGUGUUAUGUUUGCCUUGGUUUCUAAUGAAACGGUGCCUCUUGCUGUGUCCAUAGUGGACUCUGACUCCUCUGAUUCACAGAAAGUCAUUGUGACCAUUGGAAACAUCAUUGUUGCACAUCUGGAAUCAAAGAAGUUAUGUACACCCCGGAAGGUUCUGGUUGCACUUCUGGUAACCAAACAGCGACUUGAACUGUCUGUUGAUUCACACACAGACAGCAGCACUUCAGAGCAACUGUCUGUCCUGCAUCACGCAAUGAUGGCAAAUGUUGUUACCUACUUGGGCGGCCUGCCAGAUGUUCCUCUGGGUGCUACGUUAGUUACCACUUUUUACAAUGGUUGCAUGGAGGUGAAGGUCAACGACAGACAGCUGGAUCUGGAUGAAGCCAUUUCUAAACACAAUGACAUUAGAUCUCACUCGUGCCCACUGAUUAUGCAGUAACCAUUCAGUUCUUAAUUUAAAACUUUUUUCUUUCAGAUUUAAUUUGUGUAAUUAGUCUGAAGCCUGUAUUAUUUUAUUCAACACAUGCCAGGAAAAUAAUCAACAGCAUGUUUUUUCUGUCUUAUGUAGCAUCAGGGGGAAAGAUCCCCUCUCUUUUCAGCUGUAAAUAGACAAUCAAGAUCAAAAUUCUGUGAAAUACAGUUUUUUUCAUAUCAGUGAUAGAACUAGAUUUAUCUUCUGUGAUUGUAUUACACCCACAAUAUAUUAGAUUUGGAGAGACAUUUCAGGAAUUUUUGUUUAGAACCAGUUUUACUCCUUAUUUUUCAUAUAUCAGCACAAAGUUACAAGUUGCAAAUUUUGGUAAUGUAUUUGAUUCUAAACAAAACCAGUCACAUUAAACUUUUCCACACAUAACAUACAAAGACAAAUUUGUACAGGUUUUGUAAUACGUGCUUCUGGUAAAAGAAAAAAAAAUACCCCAGCAUCGGAAGCCAAAGCUCUCUAUGAAUAUGUUUACAAGUUGUACCAAUGUUGGUAAAGCAACUUCAAAACUGAAAUGUUUUUUGUAAGUAGCUCAAUUUUAGUAAAGUAGCUCUUGCUAUAUUGUAACAGCUUUAAUUCUUCUAUCUUAGGAAUCCAGGUUUAGACUUCUAACAGUUCUGGAUCAGGUCAGGUAAUUUACUUUCAAAGUGGGUUAAAAUACACCCCAGACAAUUUUGGAAAACAAGGAAGACAGCUUGAAAGAAGGAGCUCUGGUCUUCAUCACAGGGCAUCAAACUGGAAUUUGCUAAGUAAACCUGAGAAACUGGCAAACAUCUCUUCCAUUCGUGACAAAUCUAGCACUCCUCGAUAUGGACACCCCCUAAUGGUCUCCCAUAUUCCCUUUAUUUAGGUCAGCCUUGCAUUCACAGAGCCCCAGAAGAUAUUUUUUUGUGAGCCUUGGUGCAGUUGUUUGACAUACUCAAAAGCCUACAUUUUGCUAGUAACAUCAGAAUGUAAAGCCAAAUUCUGCUCAGCUGACUUUAAUGGAAUAGGUAAUUAGAAAAGUAUUGUUUUCCCCAAGUGUGCUCAUUUCAAGCAUUUCUAAUAUUUCUUUAGCAUCCUUCAAGUGUUCUUUCCUCUUUCAACCUCAUUUUCACACAACCAGAAGCCUCCCUGUGCAGCUCACCUAGCGGUUUUGUUAACCCCAAACCAGAUACAUAGCAAGAAAAUUGCUCUAAGCAAUGAAUAUAUACUCUCAUUCAUCAACCUGAGAGACAUUUAUCUGCCAGGAUUCUUGACCUGAGUUUGCUUUCUUCACUUGAGACAUUGAAGUGGAAACGUAUGUAUAGGAGGAUGGAUUGUGACAAUAUUCAUUUUGAGGAUUGCCUUUCUCCAGAGAUGUUCCCAGUGACAUUAGAGAGCUUUCUUUCAUUUCUAAGUACUAAUGUUAGUACAUCAGUAUUGCAGAAUCUGAGCCCAUCUUUCAACAUUAUUGCUUUGUCAAAGGUAAUUGUUCACUUCCAACUCGUGUAAUGUAAUACAGGAUUUGCUCUGCCUUUCACAGCAGCCAGCCUCAGUGCAGUCUCCAAAGCUGGCCAGCACUGUUCAUACAUAGUUGCUUAUCAACAGGAAUAGGAUUUGGCUGACACCCAGGGGCUAACUGGAAGUGAACUACUACUUCACUUCUCUAGGAUGGCAUGUUAAAAAAAAAAGAAAAGCUUUGAUUUCUCCAGACUUCAUGGAGGUGAAAUAACUACAGAAAAAACAUCUCUGUGGCUCUCCUCCUAUCCCAGCACACCCAUUUUUUAAUUUAGACCUAAGUUGAAGAAUAACUUGACUGAAAUAAGUGGGUUUUGCAUGCAAAACAGAGCUGAAUUGAGACUUUUGACUAUCAAAUACACAUGUGAUGCUUUAUACUAUCUCAGCAGCGUCCACUGAAUUCUGGAAAGCCCUUGGGUCAGCCUCUAGCCUUGAACAACACAGAAAUUAUGAGAUGAGGAACACAAAGUGUCAGUAACCCUCUAAGUGCAUGUUGUCAGCCUCUGUGAACAGAAAACGUUUUUUGUUUUUGAGUGGGUUGGUUUGUUUUGGGUUUUUUUUUUUUUUUUAGGUUUAAUGAAGUGUAAUAAAUGGUGCAGAGAUGAAAACAAAAAAACCCCCUUCAUUUUCUCACACAAACAUAAUUUCUGUUUUCAUUAAGUAGUAUUUUAGGAUUUUGUAGUUACAAUGAAACCUCUUACAUUAAGAAGAACUGUAAAGUGCCUCCCUAUUGUAAGAAUUAAAUAAAGCAGCAUUUGCAAGUUUCUUUUCAUUAUAAA